UUUCGGAUCGUGUCGCAGUCGUGUCGUUCUGUCGUCGUCAGGUGCAUUUUCUGGAAUCGUUAUCGGAUGAUUUUGCAAGGGUGCAUGUACUUUUGAUCCAUUAUCGGCGGAUUGUGCGUUCCGAUUUCAUCGAUUCUGUCGCGCGGAAAGUGCUGCUACGUGUGCAGUUUCCAGUGAGUUAGGUGAAACCCACCGUCCCAUCAUGUGGCAAUGGCCAAAUUCAGCGGAACAUUUGAUUUGAAGGAGCCACCCCCAUGGCAAAACUGCUGCUACUGUAGUGGUUCGGGUAAUAAUUCUUCAUCCGUAGCUGCUUCCACCUUCGUCCCGGCGUCAUCCAAUCCCCGUCAACCGCAGCAGCAGCAGCAGCUCCAGAUACAACAAAGCCAACAAUUGCUCACUUUCAAAACACCAGCGGAUUUCGUUAGGCACCUUCGUCAGCACCACUGCACAGUGGAGGGUGGAUCCUUUGUUUGUCGUUAUGGCUACAACGAUGUCUGCUCGUCGCUUCCACUGGACGGAGUCAGCGAUAGGGAUUACGAAAUGCAUGUCAAUCGAUGCCACGUAAACCAACAGCAGAAGGAAUCCCAUAUAAAGUGGUCGGUGUUCUCGGCGGCCCAAAACUUGCCCGCCGUACUGAACGAUCCCAGCCGGAGCAAGCAGACACACUUCUUCACCAAAAAAUGGGGCGAUGCCUUCGUGGAACACCAAUCGAUCGGCACAUCACCGCAACUGCCUGACAUCAAGUGGGACCACUUCGAUUACUAUCUGAAACGGAUUGGCAAGCGUUACCGCGUUCACACUCGAAUAGCAAAAACUGCAUUACCUAGUAGUUCUAGUCAAGAUCAGCAGCCGGCCGUGAGCGAUCGUCUUCCGAACGGUGCCACCGCCAACCUGAAAGACAUUCCCGAGGUGUUUCUGAAGCACAAUUUGGAACUGCACAGCCCGGCUUCGUUUGCGGCGGUCUUCCCCGGCAUCGGGAACGAUGGCGAACAGGCCAAGCAAUCGAGUAGGUUACUCCAGGAAAAGCUUAGCCAUUAUUUGGACAUCGUGGAAGUGCUGAUAGCAAAACAGGUUGCCGAAAAGUCGUCUGCAUUCUUCCAUGCAAUGACCUCGCAGGACGCCAUCAUGGAACAGAUGCGAGAGGCCACAGCUCAUGUGUCGAGACUUCGCUCCCGGCUAAAACUGAUCGACGAUACAAUCAUCCGCGAGUCACUGCAAAUCAUCAGCCUGGAGCGGGUUCGUUCCAACAAUAACAUCGUCCUGGAACGGUUGAAGCUGAUGUCCACGGUACAUCAGACCCAGCCGAUGAUUCAGUUGCUUCUGAGCACUCAGGACUACGUCGCGGCGCUGGAUUUGAUCAGUACGACUCAGGAAAUUCUGAGCCAGGAACUGGUCGGGAUUCAUUGCUUCCGUCAUCUGCCGUCGCAGUUGACGGAGAUGGAGCGACUGAUUGAUAAAAUGUUGACCACGGAUUUCGAGCGGUAUUCGACAUCGGAUUUGAAUCGCCCUUUCGCCGGAGAUAGUCAAGCGGCUGAGAAAGUUUUGGAUGAAGAUAAGUUAAUUUGUAUCAUAUCGGGGCUGCUGAGAAAGCGGAAUUUAGAUUUCAUAGAUACUUAUAAGCAGGAAGCGAUUACAACGGUUCGGGCGAUAGUGAAGCAAAUGGUGAUUGAGGUGAUCGCCUCCGGGGAUGCGGAAAUUUGUCUAACCGGAGCAGGAGAGGAAGCGCAGAGUUUAUCUCUGUCCGAAUGGAUCGUACUGUUGGAAACUGCAACUGUCACAUUGUUAAAGUUGCUGAAACGGGUUCGAUCUGUGCAUGAUGUGAUGCAGCAGACAGCCGAUGCAAGCGCCGGAAAAAUUACUGACGAUGUAAGCUUUAUAGAUACGGAAGCAUUCCUAAGCGUGGAAGACUACGAAGUGGCAAAAUCGAAAUUAGCUAACUUAUUGCAAAGUGUUUGUAAUUAUUGUCAUGAACGAUGCGCCAAUUUGGUGUCAAACCAAAGUUUGGAGAAGAGUUCUGUUAGUGCGGAUCAAAUAGCAAAGCUAACUGAAAUUGUUGAUCAGUUCAGUGAUGGUUGUGAAACAGUUUGUGGGAUUCAGAGCGUUUCACUGAAGAUGGCAUUAAGAGCACAAGGUUCGAGAUAUGCUCAAAAGUUUCACUCUGAGAGGAAAGCGAAAAUGGCCUUACUGCUGGACAGCGAGCGAUGGAAGCAAGCUGAAGUCCCCGCUGAAUUUCAGAAAAUGGUGGAAAGCAUUUCAAAAGGGAUUUUCUUAUGGAAUAAAAACACUGAAUUGAAUGGAAGUUCAAUUUCAUCAACACCGCCGCAGGCAGUUCUGAUGGUAGAAGGACAACCGUUUGCAUUGGUUGGAGCAGCUCUGCUUCUAGUGCAAAUCGUUAGCGAAUAUUGCCGUUGCGCUUCUCAACUGCCCGUCAUCGCAUCGCAACUGGCUCGAAAUGUGAUCGAUCUUUUGAACUUUAAUUCUCGCUCAUGUCAGUUGGUUCUUGGUGCCGGUGCUUUACACGUGGCCGGUCUUAAGACAAUUACCAGCGGUAACCUCGCCCUUGUUUCCCGCGCUCUUCAACUAGUCCUGUGGCUACUGCCACACGUUAAACGCCACUUCCAAUCCUUAGAACCAAAUGGAACCUCAACAGGCUCAACGACGAUCCUCACCGGGUACGAUUCAAUCGAGAAAGAUUUCGCUUCCCACAUAAAGGAGAUAGAAAACAAAGUGCUGGCAAUUGUUUGCGAUCUUGUGACCAGCCAGCUUGCCAACUGGGACGCGCGCCCGCCUGUCCCGUCGCAACCAUUCCGAAAUAUCAGCAGGCAGUUCGUCAAGUUGCACGAAGCGAUCGCACCGAUAUUACCCCAGAAGCAGGUAGCUACCAUCUACCGAGUGGUACACAAGAAUUUCAAGGACAAACUUCGGGAGCAGCUGCUGCGGAACAACAUCACAAACAACGGGGGGCCUCAGCAUGGGACCGUCGUGUCGGAGUUGACGUUUUACAUGGAAACGCUGAGAACUUUGAAGGCGAUGCCGGCGGAGGAGCUGCGAGACGAAACGCUGGACGAUAUUUGGUUGAAGUAGAUGCGUGUGGUGAUUUUAUAAGUGGAUGAAGUUUAGUGUUUUCGGCAAUUCGGCGGGUUCUUGUUUUUAUUUUUGUGUAUUGUAUUAGGUUCCAUAUUUGUAUACUAAUAUUCGUACCAAUCUGCUUCUGUUUGUGAUAAAAAAGUUUUUAUUAUUUAAUUGUUUUUCAUAAUUACCGGGAUUGUAAAAUUGUUACAUUUUAUUUAACGAUCGCUUUCCAACGAUUAUUUUGACAAUCUGAUAUAGAAUGGUGGUAUGUACUAUGAUUUAAAUUGAAUGGUAUAUGAAUUUCUAUUGCAAUGAAGGUGGCAGUACAAGUUGCGGAGUUUAUCAAGCACAACCUCUGCACCAAAAACAAUAGGUAAAUGAAAGACUGCACAAACCCCAAUACAAAUACAUGUUCCUUUAAUUUCCCAUGAUGCAAAGAGCAAUCAACAAUUCCUAGUCUUGAUUGCACCGUUAAAAACGAAUGGCAUGAACGGAAGUAGGAACCGUUCUUUACAUAUUAGAAGUAGAUCAGGUAUUUUUUUGCGACAUUCUGAAAUGAUUGCCACAGUCACACAAAUAGGGUUACAGCAGAAAUAUUCGGUUGCGUUCUAAUUUCCGCUGUUAUAACUUAUCCGUAUGAAAGCGCGAUCUCAGAAGAGACGCUCUACUAUAAUGGAUUUAUACCAACUCGUUUAAAUGAAAGUAUGUUAAAUGAAAGGCUCCGCAACUCUAAUGAAAAUGCCUAUUAGUAAUCAUCCAUCAUCCUGCAAUAGUAGGAAUGAUGUGGUCAGGCUACUGUCUGAUGGGUGAUGCAUCAGUUUGAUAUAAAAUUCUCGAUAAAAAUUGAACAAAUUGUUGAGAUCCCAGUAAAAAAAAUAGGGGUGUAGUUUUUAGUUUUCAAUGAGCGUUUUCAGAGCGAUAAACGUUAAAAAAAUUAAUUUUCCAUUCUAACUUUUUUCUAUUAUUAGAUUGUACGAACAUUGUUGAACGCGUCUAAUUUUGUUUUGUUUUAGAUUUUUAUUUCAUCCACUGAAUUAAAAUAAUAAGAUCGCUUAGCACCAUCA